GUUGACUUUGUUAUUUGCGAUUCAACUUUGUACACAGAUCGACCAGAUUUGAGGAGUAGCUUAAACUACUACUACUAGAAGACUUGUGAGUUGAAUCAAUGCUACAUGUACAUAUGCAGAUAACAAAGAUGAUGCAAAGCUCAAUUAUUGUUUUCCAAGCCGAACCAAAAGUAAAUUGUUGGAUUGCAUUAGUGGAAGAAAGUCGACGUGGU